GCCUCUGCACCAAUCACAGCCUGUCGUUAUUUUACCUACGAGCACAUGCAUGCACGAACGCACAGACACAGGCUCCGACAUACCACAUCUCUGUGGUUCUCCGCUGCAUGCACAUGCGUCCCCGCGUUGCGCUGGCUGCGCCAAGAUGAGCGUGGUCACCCCGGUACCAUAUGAACGGUACCAUCUCGCCGCCUGACUGAAUCAGAGCCGGAGUGGGAGGGAGCGAGAGAGAGCGAGAGCGAGAGACACCGAGAGAGAGUUUGUGUCUUUGCUCUCUCAGAACCAAUCUUACCUUCUCCUGGAAGAGACCGCAGAGCAGCCGUUUGUUUCGGCAUCUUUCUUUUUUUUCCACCCCUCCUCCUCCUGUUCUUCCUGCAUCCCUCCCGCUGUUGUCGGUCUCCCGGUUUUAAGGCGACACCGGAGAGGCCGGUCGUGAUUUUGUGGAAAUACAUUUUUUUGUAUAUUUUUCCCUGCUGGGUGUUGGUAGCGCGCAGUUGGUGCGCGCUUCUAAAAAUUCCGGCGAAUGGUGGAUUUGGCAAACAUGGAGACGGUGGAGAAGGAAUGCGGGGCCCUCGGAGGUCUGUUCCAGGCGAUUGUCAACGACAUGAAGUGCUCCUAUCCUGUGUGGGAGGACUUCAGCGCCAAGGCCACCAAGCUGCAUUCCCAGCUCCGGACCACUGUCCUGGCUGCUGUGGCCUUCCUCGAUGCCUUUCAGAAGGUGGCAGACAUGGCUACCAACACCAGAGGGGCGACCAGAGAUAUCGGUUCAGCUCUGACCAGGAUGUGCAUGAGGCAUCGCAGCAUUGAGGCCAAACUUCGCCAGUUCACCAAUGCUCUGAUGGAGAGUCUUAUCACUCCUCUUCAGGACAAGAUUGAGGACUGGAAGAAGACAGCCAACCAGCUGGAUAAGGAUCAUGCCAAAGAGUACAAAAGGUCACGUCAUGAGAUCAAGAAGAAGUCAUCUGACACCAUGAAACUGCAGAAGAAGGCUCGUAAAGAGAUCCAGGGGCGAGGAGACCUGCAGCCCCAGCUCGACAGUGCCAUGCAGGAUGUGACCGACAUGUGCCUGCUGAUGGAGGAGACCGAGAAGCAGGCGGUGCGCCGUGCCCUAGUGGAGGAGAGGGGUCGCUUCUGCACCUUCAUCGGCUUCCUUCAGCCAGUUGUGAAUGGAGAGAUCGCCAUGUUGGGCGAGAUCACCCACCUGCAGGCCAUCAUCGAUGACCUCACUGUGCUGACGACAGAUCCUCACAAACUGCCCCCUGCCAGCGAACAGGUGAUUAAGGAUCUGAAGGGGUCAGAUUACAGCUGGUCCUACCAGACCCCCCCAUCGUCUCCAAGCAGCUCCGGCUCACGCAAGAGCAGCAUGUGCAGCAGUGUAAACAGCGCCCACAGUAGUGCCUCCCGUUCGUCAGGGGGAGGCGGUAGUGGUGGUGUUGGUGGUGGUGGAGGCUCCUUGCCUCACUCACCCACCUCAUCCUCCUCCUCCUCCUGUCGCUACCGCAGCAGCCUGCCGCACCAGCCUCUGCCACCGGGGGGCAUUGCCGCCCACCGCCUCAGCAGUGUCUCCUCCCAUGAUUCGGGCUUCGUGUCCCAAGAUGCCAACAUCUACUCCAAGCCACCCUCGCCUAUGCCCUCAGACAUCACUAGUCAGAAAUCAUCCAGCUCAGCAUCAUCAGAGGCCUCAGAAACAUGCCAGUCAGUCAGUGAAUGCAGCUCCCCCACCACUGAUUGGUCCAAAGCAGGUCAGUAUGAGCAGCCUGUGGCUGCAGCGGCAGUCCAGAGAAGAAAGGAGCCUCUGGAUAGGCUGAGGGAGAACGAGGCAUCCCCGGGUUCCCAGGGAUAUGCUGGGCCAUCACAUCCUGAUGAUGGGCAGAGACCCAGGAUGACACCAGCUACCAUCGCUGCCAAGCACGGAGAGGAGGUUUCUCCAGCAGCCAGUGACCUCGCCAUGGUGCUUACCAGGGGACUCAGCAUGGAGCAGCAGAAGAGCAACAGAGAUUCCCUGCAGUACUCCAGUGGAUACAGCACAGAGACCACAACCCCAUCCUGCUCAGAGGACACGAUUCCUUCACAAGGUUCAGAUUACGACUGCUACUCAGUGAACGGUGAUGCAGAAGGUCCAGAUGGACAGACAGACUUUGACAAGUCCUCAACAAUUCCACGCCACUCUAACAUUGCCCAGAACUACAGGCGAAUGAUCCAGACCAAGAGGCCUGCCAGCACAGCUGGCCUGCCCACUGGGGUUCUUGGUCCAGGGGCUCAUGGGAUACCAGGGCAACCUGGUGGAGCUGGUGGAGGAGGAACAGGAACUCCAGGCACUGCCACCAUCCGCCGAACCCCCUCUACCAAACCGGGUGUGAGGCGCACAUUAUCCAGUGCAGGCCCCAUCCCCAUACGACCACCCAUCGUGCCUGUCAAAACACCCACUGUCCCUGGAGACUCACAUUCACCUGGUGCAGGUGGAGGGCAUGCAGGCGGCGUGCCUGUCCGUGUGGGCAGUGAGGAAUGUGUGUUCUUCACUGGAGCUGAGGAUUCACAGGGAGUGCUUGAUUAUGUGAAGGCUUCACCAAAGCGCCUCAGCCUGCCUAAUACCGCCUGGGGAUCGGGGGCUGCAUUAGAAGUCUAUGCUCAGCAGCACGGGGGCCUUCCAACAGGAACAGGCUCAGGAGCCGGAAUGGAGGAGGAUCAGAUGAUCGCGGCCAAUCGGCACAGCCUAGUGGAGAAGAUUGGCGAGUUGGUAGCCAGUGCGCAUGCCCUUGGUGAGGGGCAGUUUCCUUUCCCCGCCCUCCCUGAUGACCCCGCCCCGCCCCCAACUGGCCCCACUGACACUCAGACAGGGACAGAGGGAGCAGAAGGGUCUGGCGACAUGCUGACCACCAUCCGGAGAGGAGUCCGGCUUCGCAAAACCGUCUCCAAUGACCGCUCAGCUCCACGUAUAUUGUGAUUGGAGGAACAGCAGAAAGAGGAUGAUGCUUGUUAACCAAUAGGGAGUCAGGUGUUGGUGUGGCGCAACCCAACCACCUAGUACAUACACAAAAACUUAACCAUGUAGGGAAAGCUAUAAUAUAACAGAAGACAAAUGAAAACAGAAACAUACACAAAAAAAGACACCAUUAGAGUAAAUGAUAUAUAAUAUAAUGAUAAUAAUAACAAUGAUAAUGUUAACCCAUGCUGACCGUUAAAAGUUAAAUGCUGAAUAUUGACAGGCUCCUAGCAGGCCACUAUAACUAGUGUGUGUUGGACGCAUGUUUGUAUUCUAUACACCCUCACCCAGGGAAGGAAAGUUAUGAUUUUUAAAAAGAGGCAACGAAAGAGAGAAACACUGGGUUCUGUUCUGUUUUGCCAACUUACACCCUUCCUUAUCCUCUUCUCCAACUAACCUGACUGCCUGAUCCCAGAUGAAAGACUGAGAGAGGGGCCGGUGUGGACGAGAGAGAGAGGGGAGUCAGAGUGCCAUGUGAGCAGCUGGAUUCGAACCCAGGCUGUCUCAGCAGCAACACACUGUACUUAUCAGCCCAUUGAACUGAAGCUUUGGUAUUAGCACGGGGAGCUAACAAACCGGAGGGCCUCUCUGGUUCAUCCUAAUGUAAAAGAAUCUUCAGAAAAAAAAACACUGUUGGCAUUGAACCGUGCUACUGCCCCCCUUCCCCCCUCUCUCGCUCUCUGCAUUGUGAAUGCGUGCAUUCAUGGGUGUGCAUGUGGGCAAGUGUAAAAUGUGAGUGCGCGUCUACGUGUGACUAAUUGUGUGUAUGUGUGCGAGGGGGGUGGGUAGAGCUCUGCUGCAGGACAGCUGGUUACCCAAUGAGGGCAGGGCUUUUUCUCCUGUGUGUUGUGCGUGUAUUUUCUUGUUUAUAUUGUGACGUCAUUUACCUUGUUACCACUGUACGAGAAGUUAGGAGACGUACUCUGGGCGUAUAGAUAUAUUCAUAUAUAUUUUCUAGAACCAGAGAGAAAAUGUUAAAUCAGAAAUGGAGCAAUAAAUGUGUUUUAUUUUCUUGUUUUGAAGAAGCGGAUCGAUGGAGGAUCGCAGAUUCUCCUUUGUCACAUUCAGGCAAUCAUCAGGAAUGCUAAAUUACACAUCGACUGUGAAUUCAUGCCUAGCCGGUUUUGGCGUGUGUCUCCCUCUGUCCCUGUCUCUUUCUGAGUGAAAUUGAUCACAAAAGUCUGGAAAAAAAGGAACUAUAAGCACUUUGAUGGGGAAUAGAUUAUGUACAAUAGCAAGUAGGUGUUGUUGUAGUCAUACUGUAUGAUAGGGAGUGUGAAAGUGAGAGAGAUGGUGUCCUGGGGGGGGGGGAUUAUUUAAUUUGUGAACGAAGAAGAAGAAGAAGACAGGGAGGGACAAAGAGGAAGUGAGAAAGGCUGGUUGGAGUGAUUGGUUGAACGAGGUGGGAUAAGAAAGUGUCAGGGAUUAUGAAGUGGAUUAUGAAGAGCACUAAAGUUUUUAUUGCUGUGGCUCCACUUAAAUUUGAAGGACUGGUCACAUAAUGCAAAAAUAAAUAUCCACAGUAUAGACAGGUCAGACAAUCUUUGAAUAUAUACUUUAAUAUAUCCUGUGAUGGAUAUACCAGCUCUUCAGAUAGUUUCAUUUUUCUGUCGCUGAGCUUUCUGCCUCAUAACAUCAGAGCUGAGUGACUUUCUACUGUGGACCUUAAGCUGCUGAGCACAUUCUGUAAUAAAGAGCCUUUCAGUACUGUGAGUGUAACAAAUCUGUUCACCUGUGUUGUGUGAGGACAGAGGCAGAAAGUUCAGAAAUUGAGCAAAUUCAAUCCCAACGAUAAACACGUCUGUGGCAGAAAACAUGCCAUAACAUUUUUAAUUAUAUUUGCACCUUGUAAUACUUAACUGGUAUCAAUAGUUGAGGCUAUCGCACUGUGUUUUCCAGUGUCUGAUUGACUGUGUUUUUAGUGAUCUUCAGUCAUGUUCAUGCAGAAAUAGCACAGUUAUGUAAAAAUCUAGUCUGACCUGUAAAUAUUGUCUUUUUUGCAUUAUGAACACACAAAGUUAAGCCUUGAAUGAAGCUGGACGACACUCUUCUGCCUUAGACUUAAUCUGCUUGUUGCCCUUUCUAAAUAAAACCCGAGAUUUGAACCACACAGCUCACCCAGCACAGAUGUAAUCAAACGCAUGGAGAGAGCACGCCUAGCUGGUAGCUUUCAAUUUUGGACAUUGGUUAUUAAUUCUUUACUUUUUAGUAAACCGUGAUUAUUGUUUGGAACUCAGCGGUUACAUUACAGCUACUAUGUAACUGUUUGGGAGUCGACAUGUUUACAGCGGUGACAGUUUGAUGGAGACGUGGCAUCAUUUCCAGCUCUUCACAUAUGAGCAGGGGGAGUCCAUUUGAGAAAGCGGUUCAUGUGCAUCAAAGUUCUUUUAGCUGCCAGCUAGCUCCUGAAAAGUUUGCCUUUGCCCAAGCCUUCGAUUGAAACUCGGACUUCUGCACAGGAUGUGAGACGUGACUGCCUUUGAAGCUGUUGAAAGCCACCUUUCUGGAAUCCAGCCUCAGUACAAAAGGACUGUAACAAGUAAUGUAACACAACUGAAAUUACUCGCCCAACACUGGUUACAUGUAAAAUCAUUAUUUAGACCAACAUUUAUUCAGUCACAUGAAAUGAAUGUAGUCCCGGCAGUCAGACACAACGCUGGCGUCUAAACACGGCGAGGCCACCGCGGCACAGUUGAGCUCAGGAUACGGCUGUAUGACAUGAACAUGUAUGAACACUGAGAUGUAAGAAAAGGUGAAGCUCGCUUGAUGUGCUCUCUGAUGACAAAGACGUGGGAAUAUUUAAGUUGACAUAGAGGAAAAGAUGUGUGACAUGAGCAUUUCACUGCCUGUUCAUACAAUAUGUACUGUAUGUGCUGUACUUGUAAAAGAGAAUCAGGUGCACAGAUUAGGUUUAAAGGUUUGUUAGAAAAUAUUACAUUAAGUUUUUUUUUUUUUUUAAGUACUG